UCGCCUAAAACCGGAGCGCUGUACAUCUCCCCACUCAUCUCUGCCUAAAACCGGAGCGUUGUGCAUCUCCCCACUCAUCUCUGCUCUAGCGACGAUUGGAUGUCACAUGGCCCUCUAUGACUAAAAUCAACAGAGUCGUAAUCAGUCGUAAUUAGUCGCAAUGGAAGUCAAAAAGUGUAAAAUGUACGAUGAUAGUUCUAUUGCUUCAGACGAAGCAAAAAUUCAUAUAAAAAAAUUAUUACAGCACCUAAAUAAAAAAGACUGGCAGGACACCCUUUUAUUUAUGCUUCCACAAUUAUCAUUUAAUGAGCUCAAUGCCGUUACUAAUUCCAAUGGUCGUAUCUGCAGUGAUGUAAUAAAAGGUCCUAUUACAAUUCUUAAUUCAAUUGUCAAAGACAUUAAAGAGAGAGUGCCAUUUAAUGCCAUUUUUCCAUCAGAAAGAUUGAAUCUGCCAACAUCGGGCGAAAAUUCAGAUUGUGAUCCCAAUAUAACAAUACACGUUGAUGAAUUUCUUUAUAACGAUAAUGACAUUGAGGAACUUUUGAAUGCUGGGAAAUUACAGCAAUAUUAUUGUAAAAAUUGUGGCUCUAAAAAUAUUAAAUCCCUAAUUUAUAUUUCGCAUUCAUUAUCACAAGAUGCUUUACACUAUAUAUUUAACCAUCUGUUGCCAAUAUUGAAAGAUAAAACUAUAUUAGAUAUAGGAUCAAGAUUAGGUGCUGUCUUGUAUGGGGCCUAUAUGUACACAGAUGCUAAAAAAAUAAUUGGAGUGGAAAUGAAUAAAGAUUUUUGUGAACUUCAAUCUAAAAUUGUACACAAAUAUAAUAUGCAAGAUCGAAUUGAUAUUUUACAUAAGCGAAUUGAAGAUGCUCCAGAUACAAUAAAAUCAGCUGACGUUAUUGUUCUUAAUAACGUCUUUGAGUUUUACCUAUCUGAGGUAGAACAAAUACAAGUAUGGCAGUUUCUUCGAACGACGAUGACAAAAGGAACAAUAGUCGUAACCAAACCGUACAUUGAAGAGACUCUUAAACAUUUAAAUACUGUAAUCAAAAUAAAUGAGUGGUUACGACGUAUAAAAGAACCACAAGGUUCCCCCGCGCCGAAUUUAUUUUGUAUGCCAUUGGCCGAUGAACAAGGCAAGUAUAGUGACAUAGCCAGUUAUGAGGUAUUGUAGUAAAUUAUUACCUGAAUAAAUAAAUUAUUUUUUAUGCUGAUAAA